AUGCAUUGUUACACCAAAGCGGAGCUUGCCGACAUACAUUUCAUGUAUGGGGCUGCACAAGGAAAUGGAUUAGCUGCUCAAAGGGUGUACAGGGAGCAAUUUCCGGCGAGGGAGCUGCCGGAUAGUAGAACAUUCGAGCGUCUUCAUCGAGAGAUAAGCGCGAGUGGAUCGUUUUAUGCAUCCAGGCGUUAUACUGGCGUUGGAAGAUUUCGCAGAAUUACUGCAGUGGAAGAAAGAAUACUAAACACAGUAGGGGAUAAUCCUUCGUCAAGCUCGAGAGCUGCAGGACGUACGCUGGGUGUGAGCCAUGCAGCUGUUUUGAGGUUACAUGAAGACCGAAUUCAUCACUAUCAUUUACAGAGAGUGCAAGCAAUGAACCUUGACGAAUAUUUUCCAUGUCUGAACUUUGCUCAUUGGUACCUACAGCAGUCGGCAGGCAAUCAAACUUUCCCUGCAGAUGGUUUUAUUCAUUGA